AUGGUUUUGCACAACGACAAAUGGAAGUACAAGGCGAAACGAAACUAUGAGCGGAAGCACGCUAUAAAAUCCGCAAACAAAAGCUUCACAAAGGAGAAAACUGCCAACGGCAGCACAGAUAACGACGGCGAAAGUGACAGCGGCAGUGACAACGAAGGCUCUGGCUCUGAUUCCUCGCUGGAGAGUGAAGAGAAAGAUGCCGGAAGCGAUGAUGAGUUCAAGAGAAGAAGUAAAAAGAAUGCAAAAAGCUCCAAUUCGUGGCGGUUCGAAGAUCCUAUUGUAGAUGAGACGAUCCUCAAAGAUCCAGAAUAUAUUGCACGUUUAGAGGCCAUUAAGGUCGAAGAAGAGAACCGAGCCUCCUACAUGCGUAAUUUGGUGAACGAUAAGUUGAAGACUGCCGGGGAGGCAGACGAGGUGGAUCUCGAUAACAAGUACUCCACUCCAAAAGAGAUUAAAAGCAUGAAAAAAUUCAAGCAAACCGAUCUACAGAACUGGAAGUUUGAUGACAACUUGAGCGAUAGUGACGAAGAUGGUGAGGCUUUUGAACCGGAGGUACGAGACUUCACCCCGGAGGAACGAGAGAAGUUUCUAGCUCUUCAGAAAAAAAUAAACCACCAGAAAGACGUAGAAAAAAUACGCAAUCGCAUGGAUCAGCUGAACAACAAAUCGAAGCCCACGAAAGCGAAGGUGCUAGAGUUACACUCAAAGGCGGGGCGAGACAAAUACAAAGCAGCGGUGGACAAAAACUUACGCAACGCCCACGACAAGAUCGAUACCGAUGAACUUGACAACCUCGUGCAGAGGAUGAUCGGAGUCGAUCUCAAGGCUCACGAGCAACCCGAGCUGCGCAAAACCGACCAUGGCCAGUUCGAUCUUGACACCAUGCUCCAAAGCACUAGUGGGACCGCAAAGUCGGAAAGCAUCGGACAACGCACUGUUCCCAGCACGGGGACUACCGCUGCAAAGAAAGCUACCGUUGUGCUGGAAACCACGGAGUUAGACGAUUUCCUUGACUCUGUUCUGUAA